UCGCGUCCGCCCCGUCCGCGCACAGGCCUCGUCUCCUUCCUUGCGCUUCGCCACCAAGCGCAGCAGCAGCGGCGGCAGCAGCAGCUCGCGGGUGAUCGAUCCAGCGUCGAGUCGAUGUCGGCCGCCGGGGAGGAGGACAAGAAGCCGGCGGGCGAGGGCGGCGGCGCCCACAUCAACCUCAAGGUCAAGGGACAGGAUGGCAACGAGGUCUUUUUCCGCAUCAAGAGAUCUACCCAGCUGAAGAAGCUGAUGAAUGCCUACUGUGACCGUCAGUCUGUGGAUAUGAAUGCUAUUGCAUUCCUGUUUGAUGGUCGUAGGCUCCGCGGCGAGCAGACUCCUGACGAGCUUGAAAUGGAAGAUGGCGACGAGAUUGAUGCCAUGCUCCACCAGACUGGAGGCUGCCUGCCUGCCUAAAGCUUAGGAGUUGUUGCAGCCUCUGAAAAUUGUGCCUUUGGUGGGCUCUAUAUCUAGAGUACAUGAAAAAGAAGCCUAAAAAGAACUUGUGAGGCUUUGGUCCUGUACCAUAGCUGAAGGACAUUAGAAGAGCUUUGUUUGGCAAAAUAUUUGUUACUUCGGCUGUCAUGACUUGUUUAUCCAUACCCUAAUAUGUCCAUCGUUGCUGGUGCAUCAUGCUGAUC